AUACAAUAAAUCCUAAUUUCUUCUUUUCAAUCGGUCGAUUUAUUUUCUUAUAAAUUAAUCUGCAAGUUGUCGUGCAAUCUGGGGGGUGAAAAAUUCUCCCAUUUUGAUUUGGUUAAUGUGAAACUCGGAAACAAGGACUGUGUUGUGGAUUCCUUAGGUUCCAUGGCGAUGGCAGCAGCAGCAGUGAUUGUGCCUUUGGGGAUUCUCUUCUUCAUUUCUGGCCUCGUUGUCAAUCUCCUUCAGGCAGUUUGCUAUGUCCUCAUUCGACCUCUGUCUAAGAACACAUACAGAAAGAUCAACCGUGUGGUUGCAGAAACCUUGUGGUUGGAGCUUGUCUGGAUCGUUGACUGGUGGGCUGGAGUCAAGAUCCAAGUGUUUGCUGAUGAUGAGACCUUUAAUCGAAUGGGCAAAGAGCAUGCUCUUGUCGUUUGUAAUCACCGAAGUGAUAUUGAUUGGCUCGUGGGAUGGAUUCUGGCUCAGAGGUCAGGUUGCCUAGGAAGCGCAUUAGCUGUGAUGAAGAAGUCUUCCAAAUUUCUUCCAGUCAUAGGCUGGUCAAUGUGGUUCUCGGAGUAUCUGUUUCUCGAAAGAAAUUGGGCAAAGGAUGAAAGCACUUUAAAGUCAGGUCUUCAACGCUUGAACGACUUCCCACGGCCUUUCUGGUUAGCCCUUUUUGUGGAGGGAACCCGUUUCACAGAGGCAAAACUUAAAGCAGCACAAGAGUACGCAGCCUCCUCUCAGUUGCCUGUCCCUCGAAAUGUGUUGAUUCCUCGCACCAAAGGUUUUGUGUCAGCUGUUAGUAACAUGCGUUCAUUUGUGCCAGCCAUAUAUGAUAUGACCGUGGCUAUUCCAAAAACUUCUCCACCCCCAACGAUGCUAAGACUAUUCAAAGGACAACCUUCUGUGGUGCAUGUUCACAUCAAGUGUCACUCGAUGAAAGACUUGCCUGAAUCAGAAGACGAAAUUUCACAGUGGUGCAGAGAUCAGUUUGUGGCUAAGGAUGCACUGUUAGACAAACACAUAGCUGCAGACACUUUCCCCGGUCAGAAAGAACAGAACAUUGGCCGUCCCAUAAAGUCUCUUGCAGUGGUUGUAUCAUGGGCAUGCCUACUAACUCUUGGAGCAAUGAAGUUCUUACACUGGUCAAAUCUCUUUUCCUCGUUGAAAGGCAUCGCAUUAUCAGCGCUUGGUCUAGGCAUCAUCACUCUCUGCAUGCAGAUCUUGAUCCGCUCCUCUCAGUCGGAGCGUUCAACACCUGCCAAAGUGGCCCCAGCCAAGCCAAAGGACAAACACCAGUCAGGAUCAUCCUCCCAAACAGAAGUGGAGGAGAAGCAGAAGUAAAAAGAAGGAUCUAACAGAUCAAACUCCACAACAAGAAGCGUGUCAGUUUUGUUAUGUGAAUCAAACCCCAAGUGAAUCCCUCCUUGAUAUCAUCACUUCCGUUUUGUUCAGUUACUACUACUACUACUACUAUUUACUCAGCCUAUGUCUCUUAGCGAUUGAUGUAAAGGGUCAUGAUCCCUAUAGACCUUGUGAUUUUUUUUCCUUCUCAGGUGCAUAGGACUCUGUAUAACUUUCUAUUAUUAGAUUGUAAUUUGGGAUUGAUCUUGUGACUUUCCUUUCCUAAAACACAGCGCUGGGCAUUUGGCCCAAACCGAAA